UAUUUCGAAACUCCUUUUUGCCCCAGUUCGGGUUUCCACAAUAUCCUUCACUCACGAUAACGAUCUUAUCCAUAUUAAAUCGACUGUACUUAUGCACCUUGAAACCAGCGCCACAUCAGAUACCUACGAAAUAAUUUCCGCAGAUAGCUUCUAACGAUCAGUCUGAUCAUGCGAAAAUUGUUAAGUCUUUAAUUUCAACAACCACCAUGGAGACCGAACCCAAAAAGUGGCCCCAGUUCCUCGUAGUAACCAUUGCAACCUUGGCUGUCUUUAUUACUGGGUUCCACACUGGAUGGCCUGCACCAUCUCUCCCUAAACUCCUAUCAGAUGAGUACCCGUUCGACGUCAGUAAUGAAGAAGCCUCCUACGUGACAAUAGUUGGAAGUUGCGGUACUUUCUUUGGAAGUUUCGUUGGAAACAUCUUCUUGGACACAAUCGGGCGCCAAAAGACGAUUUUGUUGAUCGCUUUGCCCCAACUUCUUUCGUUUGUGGGGUUUUCGUUGUCGCAUCUAGUCAUGGAACUGCUGUACGUUGGUAGAUUUAUGGGUGGGAUUGGUGAAGGUAUGAGUCUCGCUAUAGUACUACUUUACAUAGGAGAAAUCGCGGAGCCGUCAGUACGGGGUACUUUGGCCACUUUUGUCUCCAUUGCGUUGUACUUGGGGGUACUCGCUGUUAACAUCAUCGGGUCGUACCUAUCCAUCCGAGACACCGCUCUCGUUUGCAUCGCCUUCCCCAUAAUCUUCUUCCUCCUCUUCUUCAAAAUGCCCGAAAGCCCGUACUACCUCAUCAUGAAAAACCAGGAAGCAGAAGCCGAACGCGCCCUAAAAUUUCUCCUUCACAAGUCAGACGUGAGUAACGAACUCUUCGCUCUAAAAGGAGACGUCAAGCGCCAGAUGUCCGAACGUGGUACUUUCAAAGAUAUAUUCGUCAUAGAAUCAAAUAGACGAGCGUUCCUUGUGACUGUAGGUGCCCGAUUCUUCCAAGUCGCCACAGGGGUGAACUCCUUCAACCUCUACCUCCAACUCCUCCUCAAACAAGCCACUCACGCUCUUGACCCCCACACCUCCUCCACCAUAGUACUCCUCAUCCAGUUAGUCAUGACGAUCCUGUCCAUGUUCAUCGUCGACAAGUGGGGCCGCAAACCCCUCCUUCUCGCCUCCAGUGGAGGCUGCUUCCUCAAUUUGUUUCUUCAAACGAUUUUCUUCGGCUUGAAGGAGCACACAGCCGUGAACGUGGAGGUUGCCGAUUGGUUCCCGCUCGUGAUGAUUUUUUUGCAUAUAUUUUUGUACUCGUUAGGGCUGGGGGUGGUGGUGAGCGUGCUGACGAGCGAGAUGUUUUCUGCUAGUAUUAAGUCGAAGCUGAUUUGCUUGGUGAAUGCGUUCUACGCGUUGUGUACGUUGUUCUGGACGAAGUACUACCAGUUGACGGACGACGGGUACGGAUUGACGGUACCUUUUGCGAGUUUCGGGUUCCUGACUCUUUUGGGGGUGCUGUUUGUGUGGUUCUUGGUUAUAGAGACCAAGGGGAAGUCGCUGGAGCAGAUCCAGCAGGAGUUGAAGGGGGAGCGGAAGUCGGUCGUGUGAUAUGUGUUUAAGUGGACGUUCGACUGUGUUAUUAUUAUUAUUAUUGUAAAUAAAUUAUUUUUUGAUU